AUGACUAUUUCUCGAAUUGAUGUCAGCACUCAGACAACUCAAACUCUUAAACACACAGCCAUACUCCCCAUCGCCUCCAGCUGCUGCACUGCGGUCUCCCAUCACGUCCCCAGGCGGCUCCUGGACAGAGUGAGCGGGUGUCGCCUCCAGAGAGCUGACGGGGACUGUGACUUGGCGGCGGUCAUCCUCCACGUCAAGCACCGGAGGAUCUGUGUCAGCCCGCACAGCCACGCCAUUAAGCAGUGGAUGAGAAAGCAAGCGGCCAAGAAACAUGCCAACGGCCACGUUUGCCACGUGAAGAGGCACCAUGGCAGGAGGCACAGCCAAGGGGCACAUCCGGGGACACCAGGCACGCGGCCCCCGAGCUCCGUGUCAGAGAGCGGGCCAGCGGGCCUGUGA